CUUUUAUACUCUGUCUAGGGCAGGGCGGUUGGUUUCGCUCUCUCUCUCUCUGUGAUUUAUCCUCAAGACACUACAGAAGUACACUGAAGCCCUAGCCAACGCCCAGCACACUCACGCGCUUAGUUUUGAGGUUCCUGUCUUUAACUGCUGCUCUGACAGGACGUUCACCAAGAAGUUACAAGCUGCGUAAGAUAUAAACUGCGUUUAUAUUUCCUCGUCACGGCGUCUUUUUAUAACAGAAUCGUGUUUGUGAACACUCGCCGAUACGGACGCUAGGCUUCAUAGGAAAGCGUUAUUAUUUGACAGGAAAACAUCUGCAGAAUGGCAGAAACGGAGGGAAGCUCGUCUGGAGGCUGUUUUGGGAAACUGACGAGCUAUGCGCGGACUCGGAAAGGAACCAUCCUGGCCGCUGAAAUAAUUCUCAGUUUCAUCAUCCUUAUCUGCUAUGCCAUAUCUAAGUAUGGAGGGUAUACAGCGGUCGCCAUCUGUGAGAUGGUCUUUGCCUCCAUCUUCUUCGUUGUCUUCAUGAUGGACCUGGACAAACAGUUUCUGGUGGUGAACUGGAUCUGGAGCGAUCUCAUCCGCGCUGUAAUCGGUGCGGCACUUUAUCUCAUAACCUCUCUGAUCUGUGUGAUCAGGGGGGCUGGAGACGGGGCUCUCAUCACUGGUGGGGUGUUUGGUCUGCUGGCUGGGAUCUUGUUUGCUUAUGAUUCCUACACGAUUUACUUGGUCCUCAAGAGCAGCAGACAGCAUACAGCUGCUACCACAGAUGACACAGUUUGAAACUACUUUCCUCACUACAACAUUAACAGCAAGCAAAACAUGGAGAACAAGUCUACAAAUGGCAAAAGGAGUGAAUUCCUGAGAGUUAUCGUGAGAGAUGAAGACCAGAGGAAACAUCACACAGCAAAAGAGGUUUAUGUACAAAAGGGAUUGAAAAUGAAGGCAUUCAAAGAUUCAUUCCAUCAUCUCGGUCAGGCGGCUUUCAGUACCACACAUUGUGUGUUGGCUUGGUCGGUUCUCACAACAUUUGAUAACAUCUGAUCAAUCAGUGUUCAGAAGAGCUUCCCAUUCUUUACUAGAGAAAGACACAUUUUGACCAAGUCAGUAUUAGUAAAUUGUGUUGGAGAACCUAAUUUAAUUUGGUCUGGUGCUGUUUUUUAUUUUAUUUUUUAUUGUCAAAAAUUUCACCUAAUUUUUAGUAACUAUUGAUUGUUCUUGUGUUUUGUGCUUAAAUGAAGUUGUUGUAGUUGUAUAAGGUUAAUCAAACAGGAUUUGAGUCGGAUGUAUUCAACUCA